GAGUGUGGUGCCACCGGUUGCCGAACUAGCAGAGGGCACACGCGAUAGCCAUGGAAGGCACGGGUGAAAACAAAGGCGCAGGCGAGGGAAAGUUUCUUUCAGAGGAGCAACGUGAGCACUUCAACGAGAAAGGCUACCUGGUUCUGCCCGAUUGGUGGUCGAAACAGGAAUGCGAAGAGAUCAGGGAGCGGGUACAGCAGGUCGUGCAAGACAUGGAUCUUGACGAGGCCAGAACUAUCUUCUCCACCGACGAAAGCAAGCAUGCAGAGGAUGCGUACUUCCUCGGCAGCGGAGACAAGAUCCGAUUCUUCUGGGAGGCGGGCGCUUUCGACGACAAGGGGGAGUUCGUCCACGACCGGUUGAAGAGCAUCAACAAGAUCGGACACGCCCUCCACGACUUGGAUCCCGUCAUGAAGAAAUACAGCUACGAGAAGCGAGUCGGACAGGUUUCUCGCGACCUGGGGCUUUCGACGCCGUUGGCGGUGCAGUCCAUGUACAUCUUCAAGCAGCCGCGGAUUGGCGGAGAGGUCACGCCGCACCAGGACGGGGCGUUUCUCUAUACGGAGCCGCAAUCUGUGGUGGGCUAUUGGUGGGCGCUGGAGGACUGCACCUUGUCCAACGGUUGUCUCUGGGCCGUCCCAGGCUCUCACCGCCGGGUGGUGAAACGACGGUUCAAGCGAUCUCCAACGGGAGAGGGGUGCGAGUUCGAGCCGCCAGAGGCCGAGGCGUUCGACGUCGAGGGGGCGGUGCCGUUGGAGGUGAAAGCCGGCACCCUGAUCCUCCUCCAUCACUCCGUCGUCCACUACAGCGAGGCCAACACGUCGGAGAAGUCGAGACACGCCUACUCGAUACACGUCGUGGAGGGGAAGGAGGGGUUUCGGUACCCCGAAGACAACUGGCUGCAGAGGCCCGGCGAAACGCCGUUUCAAGAACUCCCGUAGAGAUAGGAGAGCGGCCGCCCGAUAGGCUGCGGCGGCGGUCUGUAGGCGUGAAGAGAUGGGGGGUCUGUCCCGUUGGGGAAGGCAGCAGUGUCGAUCGAACCCACGCCUGCGCUGGCGAUGAUUGCGGCCGAAGGCGAGGGGUGCUGGUGCAGUCAAUAGUACGCGCUGUGUCAUGCACGUUUGUUCGAACGGUAGUUCGGAGAAAUGUGUAGGUAAGAUAUAGGGACUUGAGAUACAACACGGAGCGACCGGGGUGGGUGGCACGUACGUGUAGUGUGCUCGGCGAGUUCUGCCGAUGAUGCGAACGCCGCAAGACAACUCCGGGCAAUUUGUUCCAGCAAGUGUGGUGGCACCAACGCCUUAGGUCUGUGCCCCACAGGAUGGCACGUGGUUUAUGACACCUCAAGUGGGCGGCCGCAGUAACUAGGGAGUGGCUGCGAGAAAGGCUGAUGAGAAUGAUUUCCGUCUUGAGAAAGUGUUGUUCCAAGCACGAAAGGAUGCACGAUACGGCCGUCUAGACCACAUGCGUGGUUUGCCGUCAUGCAAGUGCGGCAACCUGUUCACACGGUGGCUUGCGUUGACGCCAUGGUGGUCAUCAUGGCGACCCUUACAGGCACAUCGUAUGAUGUGAAUGAAGCCCAUGU